AUGACUUCAGCUUGGUCUCAGGAUAAUAGGCGCGAAGAUGAUAUGCUGUCAUUACACCCUGCUUGUAAGCCUCAAAUUCAGCCUUUUGUUGGUCGACUUGGAGGAAAUCAGAAAUUCGUCCUUGAUCGAACCGACCCAGACAAUGCAGGGGCCCUGAUGGAGGUGCCCGAUGCGGCACCUUUGAUGGACUGGAAGGAUUCCCUGCGUCUCUCUGGAUUCAAAAGAUGGUCAUUGUGGAAACUCAGUGGCAUUGAAUGCAUUGGGACUAUGAUGUUAGCUUUCAUCACAAUAUGGGCAUCUGCACGGGCAGUGCCCUUAUCAGAUGGAGUAUCAGCUUCUCCCGAAGUAGCGCCUGCUCCUGCCAUCCUUGAUCCCCUGAUAGGAGGCAUUUUCAACUGGCUUUUCCUUACUCUAUUCACCUUCACAUUUUCGCCAGUGAGUGGCAGUCAUUUGAACCCAACCAUCACACUUGCUACUUUUUUUGCCCGCCUGAUCAGCCUACCACGCAUGGUUUUGUACAUUGGUGCACAGAUUUUAGGUGCUGCUCUAGCGGGCUGGAUUCUGCGCUUUACCUGGGGCUCAAAUGAUAUCGUUGUUGGGGGUUGCUCUAUUGACAUGAAGCUUAUCUCUGUUUCAGAGGCAUUUGUGUUAGAAUUCAUCUUCUGCUUGAUUUUGGUUUUCCUUGCUUUUGGUGUAGGACUGGAUCCUCGUCAAUUAAGUGUCUAUGGAGCAGCCCUGUCCCCUUGGUUAGUCGGGUUAAUCUUGGGAUUGUUAAGUUGGGCUUCAGCAGUCCCACGCCAGGGCUAUGGAGGAGCUUGUGAGUUUGUUGUCAAAUCAGGCACAUAUCAAACCACAUUAGCUAAUUUUUUUAGCCUUGAACCCUGCACGAUGCUUCGGUGUAUAUGUUGCUACAGGCUUUCCUACCUAUCAUUGGCUGCAUUGGGUGAGUUUGGGGCCUUAGAGAUGAUUCUGAUCAUCCUUAUUAAGAUUAUUACUAAUCACUUAUUUCAGAUUGGUGCGCUAGCUGCUUCCAUCAGCCAUGGGCUUAUUUACUAUCUACUACCCCCUUGGACAAUUAAAGUUUAA